AUGAGCCUACCUUUACUACACUUUCUGCAAAUACCUUUCGAUGACAUUGAUUUCGACAAUGUUGUCCUUAGUGAUCCAAGCUUAACAGAGAGCAGCAGCAGUCCACAUUUGACGGCAUCUGAUGAUAUGCUUCUCGAUCCUACAUACUGGUCUUCUCACCCUCCUCGAUACCGUUAUCUCAUGCAACACAUUUCUCCUCUACUCCCAGCCCUAGAGACAGCUGGCUUUCAUGUGUGUGCACACCACUUGGACUGGGCUACAGACCUUUUUGUCAACAACACUCAGGCUACCACUACAUCACUGGCAGCAGAUACUGGCUCAAUGACCGAGCCUGAAUCUGACAUCGAGGUCACUCUGUCCAUAGCUGUACCAGCUGCACAGGUUACUACUGCACCACUGGCAGCAGAUGCUGGCUCGACGACCGAGCCUGAAUCUGACGUUGAGAUCACUCCGUCUGCAGCAACUACCACACUAGCGGACACUGGCUCAACGACCAAGAUCACUCCCAGGCCUUCUGCAGCAAUCACCACACCAGUGGACACUGGCUCGACGACCGAGCCCGAAUCUGAUAUCGAGAUCACUCCCAGGCCUUCUGAAGUAACUACCACACCAGUGGACACUGGCUCGACGACUGAGCCCGAAUCUGACAUCAAGAUUGCUCCAUCUGCAGCUGCAAGUGCAUCAGCUACAACAAUUGUCCCAUCACACCUUGAUCGAUGGUCCUUCUUUGCUACUCCAAGUCCCCCUCCACCAGAUUCUAUCUACUGGAAAUAUGUCACGCGUGAAGAAGAUUCAAAGUGGUAUGACCGUGCUGGUACUGAUGAGAGUUUCUCUGACAUGUGCCAGUGGAAGCAAGAGCUACAGAUGUCAUUAGAUAAUAAAUGA